UCAACAUCAGCAGACGAAAGCAGCACUUUCACACCGUCCGACAUGGCAGUCCCAGUCCCAAUCUCACUCGCCCACCACUCGCCACCACGCGCCAAGCUCAGACCGGCCUCUUUAUGACCACGGCACCAGGCAGGAAAUGACGGCCUCAUGCGACCGAGUGCUCCCUCAGCAGCCAUCCGACCGACGAUGCAAACGCUCACAAGAACUGCAAUCCCGCGCCACGCAGUAGACCUCUUUCCACCACGGACGCAACAUGAUGAAGCCUCCAAUACUCUAAGAAGCACGCUCGCUGCCCUGCGCACGGUCGACUGUCCUGUCCAUGCCGUCGUCGGCGCCCUCGUCGUCGCCAUCGUCGUCGCCAUCGUCGUCGCCGCUGUCAAUUUUUUCUUCCAAUGAAAUGGCGGUGACGCUGCAUGUCUCGGAUGGCCUUUCUCAUCCCACGAUCACCGUUCUCCAUCACGUCAAAGCUCAUGGACAUGUUGUUGUGUGGCGUGCCGUCACCAAUCUUUUCCCGCCCCUUCUCCUGACAUCGCUCCCAUCUCCGGCUUUCUGACCUCUGCUCGGGCUCUUUCCUCGCAUUAUCUGCGUUUCUCCACCCAUUGUCCACUCGCUUUCGCCGAAAUGGUCUCUCCUACCUCCAGCGUCCAGCACGAAGUCUUCUGGGCCAAAUUCGGCAUGAGCGAACGGGAAAUCUGCUUCUUUCCAAAUCAGCAGAAGAAGCGACCUUCUGGCCAGCUCCCGAUUCACGGCACGUGCCGGGUUCUUCACCCUUCGACCGUCCUUUCCAACGCCCAGCAUCUCCUUCACACUCGUGCCAUUCAGGAUGCUAUCACACACGUGGAUGGCUUCGUCUUAGUCGACAAAAUUCUGGCAUAUGCCGAAGCCGUGUCCUGCAGAGUUCACAAGGCUGAACACCUGGCAGAUUCCAUGAGAGCCAAAGCCUUUCUGUUGGCACGCUCGCUGCGACAGCCUGCGGCAGACCUGUUGACACGCCCGCCGCGACAGUCUCCGUCAGAGCUGAUAGAAGAGGCCGAAGCAGAAGACGACCAAUUGCCCAUCACUCCUCAAAGCUGUCGGUGCAAGAAGGCGAGGAGGCAGCUCAUUUCUCCCCCUCAAACACAUCAUUCUGCCAUGAUGGACCUGUCCAGCGCACAAACGACGCCGAGCGCCACACUGCCAAAGAAGCAGCACUUCGGCCCAUCAUCUCGAUCUCAACCCAACAUCAGCCUGAAUUUGGACUCCGUUUCUGCUACCAAAGUCGGAGCCGCCAACGUCUUUGUCGCUUCUUCCGAUUCCAGUGCGACAUUCAACUUUGGUCAAGGCUACGACUUUGAGUUUGAUUUUGACGACUUCUCAUUUCCCGGCGAUCUUGCAGCUUCUGGCGGACUGGCUGGCGAUAGUGGUCUCGGUGUUGAUGGAGAUCUGUUAGAUGAGGCUGCAUGGAUGGCCGCGGUUCCGCAGGAUGAGGCUGCAUGGACCGCCGCGGGCCUGCAGGAAGCAGAUCCCAGCGAUCUUCCAGCUUCUGGCGGACCCGCUGGCGAUAGUGCUCCUGGUGUUGAUGGGGAGUGGUGCAGCAGUGGAGCUUGGUCGAGGAGAUUAUGACAUGAAAGGAGCUUGCUGCUGACAGACCGAGUAUCACUCGUGAGAAUCAUCUCUGAGAAGGGAGAUCUUGAAACACGAAAAGAGCGAAGCUUGUUGGAGUGAGCUUUCUGCAAGACGUCGGUACAUGGAACAAAAGCUUGCGGAAAAGAAUGUAGUCUUUGCCAAAAUGACACAGUAUGGCUGCUUUACCAAUCUGUAAGCUGAAGUUCGUUGUACAUUGUACUCCACCUCACCGCUCAGACUGCAAACUUCAUGGGCAAAUAGGCUACCGC